CUCACUCCGCGUGAAACAAAGUGUAGUGUCCGCGAGAGCCCGUAGGAAGCGCAAAGAGAGAAACCGGAGAAAGGAGAGAAUGGGGCGGUUGACUCCACAACAACAGGAGGAAUAAUAACCCACUAAAACAGAGAAAUAAAGAAGACUGAAGAAGGAGAAACUCGCAGGGAAAAAACUUUCCGGGGGGAAAAACUGUCACAGACUCGCACACGGCCACGUUUUAAAACAUGGAUACACUUUUCUCUGUAUUCCCGGGACUCCUGUUUCUCCUCUCGACAGUUGGCAACGUCUCCGGUCAGAUACCGACAGCUCACAUGGGGCGCGCUGAGAAGGGAAGUUGCACGUUUGAUGAGGGCUUCUCUCAGUGUGAUUAUCAACAAGAUCCUUAUGAUGACUUUGACUGGACGCACAUCAACACCCAGGAAGUGCCCUACGUAUCCCCAGACCUGCCCCAAGGUUCCUACAUGUAUGUGGACGUCUCUCAGUAUGAUGUUGGGGAGAAGGCCAGGUUUCAGUUGCCAGUGAUGAAGGAGAACGAUACUCAUUGUAUUGACUUCAACUAUCUUCUAACCAGCCCUGAUGGCUCCAGCCCCGGCACCCUCAAUGUCCUGGUGAAGGUUAACAAGGGACCUUUGGCCAACCCUAUAUGGAACAUAACGUCCUACACUGGUAAAGACUGGCUUAGAGCCGAACUCGCCGUUUCCACCUUUUGGCCCAAUGAAUAUCAGGUCAUAUUUGAAGCAGAGGUUUCGGACAGCAAAGCCGGUUUCAUCGCCAUAGAUGACAUUCAGGUGCUCAGCUACCCAUGCGAUAAAUCCCCUCAUUUCCUGCGUCUUGGAGACGUGGAGGUGAACGCUGGGCAAAACGCCACAUUUCAGUGUAUCGCCACAGGACGAGAUACAUCAAGCAAUAAACUCUGGCUACAGAGGAGAAAUGGAGAAGAUAUUCCCGUGGCUCAGACGAAAAACAUCAACCACAGACGAUUCGCCGCCUCCUUCCACCUCAAAGAAGUCACUAAUCAGGACCAAGAUCUAUACCGCUGCGUCACCCAAUCAGAGCGUGGCUCCGGGGUGUCUAACUUUGCAGGUCUUAUCGUCAGAGAGCCUCCACACCCCAUAGCCCCACCCCAGCUGCUAGGUGUCGGCCCUACGUACUUGCUGAUUCAGCUCAAUGCUAACUCCAUAUUUGGGGAUGGACCUAUUAUACUGAAAGAGGUUGAGUACCGUAUGACAUCAGGCAGCUGGACGGAGACUCACGCUGUCAAUUCUCCCAACUAUAAGUUAUGGCAUCUUGACCCAGAUACAGAGUAUGAGAUCAGAGUCUUACUUACCCGACCAGGAGAGGGGGGAACAGGCAAACCAGGACCAGCACUCAUUACCCGGACCAAAUGUGCAGAACCUAUGCGGACCCCUAAGAGGCUGAAGAUUGCUGAGACCAGGUCUCGCCUGAUAGCGGUGGACUGGGAAUCGCUGGGUUACAACAUCACUCGUUGUCACACCUUUAACGUCACCAUUUGUUACCAUUACAUGACUGCAAACAACCGCAGCAAAGCUGACUGCUUGGACAUGGACCCAAAAGCACCACGCCACCUAGUGGGAAACCUGCCACCAUACACCAAUGUGAGUCUGAAGAUGAUUCUGACUAAUCCAGAGGGACGAAAAGAGAGCGACGAGACUAUCAUCCAAACUGACGAAGAUGUUCCAGGUGCAGUUCCCAGUCAGUCAGUACGAGCAACUCCAUUUGAAGACAGAAUUCUUCUUUACUGGAAGGAACCAUCUGAACCCAACGGAGUCAUCAUACAAUAUGAGAUCAGCUACAGCGGUGUGCGUUCAUUUGACCCUUCAGUGCCUCUCCAGCGGCCGGGACUCACAGUGUCUUUGCCCUCGAAUGCCACCCAUCACCUGUUUUCCCAGCUCCACCCGGGUGUCACUUACCAGCUCUCUAUACGGGCAUCCACCUCCAAAGGGUUCGGUCCUGCAACCACACUCAACGUGACUACUAACAUUUCAGCUCCAACAAUAGAUGAGUAUGAUGGAUCAGAGGCCUUUCUGAAUGAAACUGCAACUACCAUAACUGUGCUGCUCAAACCUGCUCAGGCUAAGGGAGCACCUAUAAGUGCGUACCAGAUUGUGGUGGAGGAAGUGAAUCCUCGGUCACGUCGUCAAGCCUCCUCUGACUGUUACGAGGUACCUGUGUCCUACCACAGUGCGUCUAGUGGUGGAUCUCCAUAUUAUUAUGCAGCCCAGCUGUCUCCCAGCAACCUGCCUGAGCCACUCCCCUUCACUGUGGGAGACAACAAGACAUAUCAAGGUUUCUGGAAUCCUCCGCUGGCUCCAAGAAAGAACUACAACAUCUACCUUCAAGCUGUUAGCAGCACAGAGCGGGAAACUAAGACACAGUGUCUCAGGCUGGCUACUAAAGGUGCUACAGAGGAGCCAGAAGUCAUCCCUGACCCUGCUAAACAGACGGAUCGGGUGGUGAAGAUCGCUGGGAUCAGCGCUGGUGUCCUCGUCUUUAUACUGCUGGUGCUGGUAGCCAUCCUAUUGGUCAAGAAAAGGAAACUGGCCAAAAAACGUAAAGACGCCAUUGGAACGACACGGCAGGAAAUGACACAUAUGGUGAAUGCCAUGGAUCGCAGCUAUGCUGACCAGAGCACUCUGCACGGAGAAGACCCGAUGGCUGUGACCUUUAUGGACUCUCACAACUACAACAACAGAUAUGAGAACCACAGCGGCUCUGCAGCAGAGAACAGCAGGCUUCUGGAUGUUCCUCGGUAUCACUGUGAGGGAACUGAAUCUCCGUAUCAGACAGGACAGCUUCACCCUGCCAUCAGAGUGGCUGACCUCCUGCAGCACAUCAACUUAAUGAAAACAUCUGACAGCUACGGCUUUAAGGAGGAGUACGAAUUGGUGAUACAGAGUUUCUUUGAAGGCCAGUCGGCCUCCUGGGACGUGGCCAAGAAGGAGCAGAACCGCACCAAGAACCGCUAUGGGAACAUUAUAGCAUAUGACCAUUCAAGGGUUAUUCUCCAGCCUAUAGAAGACGACCCCUCCUCCGACUACAUCAACGCCAACUACAUCGAUGUAAGUGGAAACGCAUCGAAUGCUACUAUUGGCUCCCAACGAAACCAACGAAACCACACUCCCUCGCUCAUUUGGCUGUACAGGGAUGGCUACCAGAGACCAAGUCACUACAUCGCUACUCAGGGUCCUGUUCAUGAGACAGUGUAUGACUUCUGGAGGAUGGUGUGGCAGGAACAGUCAGCCUGCAUCGUCAUGGUAACCAAUCUGGUGGAGGUUGGAAGGGUUAAGUGCUACAAGUAUUGGCCAGAUGAUGCAGAAGUGUAUGGAGACUUCAAGGUGACUUUUGUGGAGGUUGAACCUCUUGCUGAAUAUGUGGUUCGCACAUUUACUUUGGAGAGGCGUGGUUUCAAUGAGGUGCGGGAAGUCAAGCAGUUCCACUUCACAGGCUGGCCUGAUCACGGAGUUCCAUAUCACGCCACGGGACUACUUUCCUUCAUUCGCAGAGUUAAAAUCUCCAAUCCACCCUCUGCUGGGCCUAUUGUGGUCCACUGCAGUGCUGGAGCAGGACGUACUGGCUGUUUCAUUGUAAUUGACAUCAUGUUGGACAUGGCAGAGAGAGAAGGGGUGGUCGACAUCUACAACUGUGUGAAGGCUCUUCGCUCCAGGAGGAUCAACAUGGUACAGACUGAGGAGCAGUAUAUAUUCAUCCAUGAUGCCAUACUAGAGGCCUGUCUAUGUGGAGAAACAGCCAUACCAGUCUGCGAGUUCAAAGCUGCGUUUUAUGAGCUGAUCCGCAUUGACUCCCAGACCAACUCUUCACAUCUGAAGGAUGAGUUCCAGACUUUAAACUCGGUGACUCCCCAGCCUCAGCCUGAAGACUGCAGCAUCGCAUUGUUGCCUAGAAACCAAGAUAAGAACCGCUUUAUGGAUGGCCUUCCUCCUGAUAGAUGCCUACCCUUCCUUAUCACAAUAGAUGGAGAAAGCAGCAACUACAUCAAUGCUGCUCUGAUGGAUAGCUACAGACAGCCUGCUGCAUUCAUCGUUACCCAGCAUCCUUUGCCUAACACCGUCAAAGACUUUUGGCGUCUGGUUUAUGACUACGGAUGCACCAGUCUGGUGAUGCUGAAUGAGAUUGACCUCGCUCAGGGUUGUCCCCAGUACUGGCCAGAGGAGGGCAUGUUGCGUUACGGGCCGGUCCAGGUGGAAUGUAUGUCCUGCUCGAUGGACUGUGAUGUUAUCAGCAGGCUCUUCAGAGUCUGCAACCUCACCAGGCCUCAGGAGGGCUACUUGAUGGUUCGUCAGUUCCAGUACCUUGGCUGGGCAGGACACAGAGAAGUCCCCGCCUCCAAACGAUCCUUCCUCAAACUGAUCCUGCAGGUCGACCAGUGGCAGCGUGAGGGAGAGGAGGGAGAGGGAAGAACCAUAGUCCACUGCCUAAACGGAGGUGGGCGUAGUGGAGUAUUCUGUGCCAGCAGUAUUGUGUGUGAGAUGGCCAAGAGGCAGAGUGUGGUCGAUGUAUUCCACGCUGUAAAGACCUUGAGGAACAGCAAACCUAACAUGGUGGAUACUCCGGAGCAGUAUCGGUUCUGCUACGACCUGGCACUGGAGUUCAUCGAGUCCUCCUAAACACAGGAGAGAAAAGGAGGAGGUAGUGGAGGAGAGCAGGAGAACAUCUUUUCACUUCCCGCGUGCUAAAUCCUUUGCUUUCGCUCUAUCCCAGCUCUCCUCUGUGGCGGCCGUUCUGUAGCACCUGUUUUGCAUCCCUACAAAUGGCACAAGCGAAAUUGGCUUUAAAGCAGGAAGUGUGCGGAGGAGGAGUGCAGCAGAGGAGGAGAUGUUUACUCCUGUAUGCUUAUUGUACAGCUUUUUGAGUGCCAGCGGGCCCCUAUAUGUUUUGGGCCCCUUUUAAAUGUUUAGCCUCUCACCACAGCGCCCCCUCCCAUGGACUCGAUGCCUCACGCUGUUGCAGCUGCAGUACUCCAUGUGCACUGUAGAUGUCUCCCUCCCCCUUGCGAGCUGCAUCCACAGCUUUUGAUUAACUGCAAGUUCAAAGUUUUCAGUGGCCCCACAUUCCUGCUCAUGCUAGUUUUUGAGUAAUUUAACAGUGUUGGGCAUCUCAUCAUGGUGAUGUUUUAAUAUUUGCAGCCGGUACUUUUGUACAAGAACAAGAAACUUAAAGUUACAGCCUGGCCAAACUCUGAAUGCUUCUGUUUUCUACUCCAUACAUCAGCGACACCAUCUUCAUGUUUUUCAGGUCAUUUCAGUGAAUAUUAUUAUGUAUUUGAGUGCUUAAUAUCCACUCUGAACCCAUUUUACAUUGGUUACAUACAGUAGAUAAUAGAGAUAUAGAAAAUAACCUAUAUGUCAGUAUAAGUUUGCUUAUUAGAUAAAGUAGUGUCUUUGAAACAAGGCUGACAAUGAAACAAAAACAGGAAGUUUACAUGGGGAGUAUUAGGAUUUUAGGUUGUUUUUUUUUACGAUAUCAUGAAGUGGCAACUUGAAAGAUCUUGUGUAGGAUUUUCACUAAAAUAUCUGUGUUUAAACAAAGCGUGAUUGUUUAUGUUUUCUGCGAGCUGCAGAGUUGAUUUCCUCUGAUUGCUUUUGUAGCAUAAUUUACUGAUCUACUGGAUAGAAGUUUUGAAGUCUUCUUUGUACCCCAAAUUGUAAAAUUGAACACUUAAGAUUCUUUUUUUUUUCAGCCAUGUGACAUUAGCUUAAUCAUGUUUAAUUCAGGGCUGGGCCCAAUGCACUUUCAAUUCAGCCAAUUCACAAAUGGAAUAUUUUUCAAAACUCAAACAGAUUUUGGGUGCGAGGGACUCGGCCUGAUGGCCUGUAGAAAAGACUGAUAAGAAAUGCUCUUUCUUGAACUGGUAAAUGACACUUUCCAUUUAUGGUUUGAAUGGAAUUGGAAGUGAACUGACCCCAGGCUUCAUUUGUUUUGUGCACUGGUGGCCAACACUUUUCUCUUUGUUUUAUUAUGAUUUUGUAGCUGAUGUUUAUUCAUAAGCCAAAGACUUUGUGUAAAUAUGUCUAUAUGGAUAAAGCACAUUGUUUGUAUUUAUUGUUUGUUUACUUGCAUUGCUUGUAAGAACAAUCAUUCUUCAUUCCAUGUUUACUCUUACCACCAGCGUUUCUUAAACUGUGGGUCGGGACGCAAAAUGGGCCGCAAGUCUGUUUGUGUCGGGUCCCUGCAGGAUCAGAGUAUUAGUGUGAUUUAAUGAGCCCAUAAAGGGUCCCGAGGUAAGAGACUGCAUCUGCUCAAUUUGAGUCCAUGAAGAAAAGUUUAAGAUCCCCUGAUCGAAGCUGUAUAUUAAAGCUUUAGAGGUAGUUUUUCAGUAUUUAGGUGGAAUUCAGUAGUAUUGUCUUGUUUUCACUUAAUGAAUCUGUGUGAUGUUACUGUGGUUUAUUUGUGCAAAAGCCCAUUGCUCUGUUUGUGGUCAGUAGAACAUCAGUGCAUUUAUAUGCACAGAGUAUUUUGGAUAAUAGCUCCUAUCCCUCUUAACGUCUUAGAUGGGAUAAGCUGUUUAUCUUCAUCCUCAUAUCCUGCUCACCAUUAUCCCUGAAUACACACUGACUUAGUGAUGCAAACAGGCUUAGUGAGUGAAACACGCAGGACUGUGAAACAAAAACAUUUAUUGUGCCUAAUCAUUUGAAUUUCCUCGUCGAUGCAAGCAUUUUAACAGCAUCUUAGAUCGCAACCAGGGCUUUGUUGAAUGCGUUCUCAUGGACGAUCAAUGUUUUGAAUACCUUUUGGACCAUGAUUCAAUGUGUUUUAUUAAUCAGAAUGCUUCAUGAAUUCUUUGUGAGGCUUUACAGGCUUACCGAAAACCGGAUGUGUUUCUGUUGUGCACAAAAAAAAAUUUAUUGUAAAUGUCAGAGGUUCCACUUGGUUGGAACACGAGUAGCCAAGGUCUACUGUCACAGAUGUUAUUGUAAAUAGACUAUCAUGAGAACACUAAAAGGCUCUAUUGUUGGACAAACAGUAGAGAUUUAGCUGAUGGAUGCAAUGUCAGAACAUCAGUUCUGUUUGUAGAUAAAAAAAAAAGAGAUUGUACGCCUGCAGGACUAAACUGAUCUUGUUUAAAAGAAACAUUUUAGUUACCACUGACUACAGAACUUUUAAUGGAUCUUUGUUCUGUGUGUGGAACCUCAAUUUUCAUUUUUUUCUCCAGAUUUCUGGUUUGUCCCAAAGAAGGGAGAGAAAAGUUAAGGAAGGGAAAACUGAUGGCCAUCUCUAUAGCAUGCAGAGAGAGAAAAGUGAAAUACUCAAUGACCAGGGUGAUAAUAGUAAUUAAAUACGUCCACCUCCUUAAAUACACACAGGGGGGAGACAAAAGAGUAAAUCCUGUUAAGAUUCCCACCGUUAUAAUAAUAAAUCUGAAGUAAUGGCCCUGAAGAAUAGUGAAUGAAGCUGGUUUCUGUAUAAGAGGCCAGUCUGAAUAUAGAGUUGAUAUUCAUGGUUCAUAAUUAUUCUUGUCUGUAAUGUUUGGCUUCUUUGCUGUAAUAAAGACCACUUCUUUAAUUAAAA